GAGGCACGUACGCUGAGGAAGCCAGCACGGGUGAUCAGCCGGGCGUUUAUCCAGCUGUGGCAGAGCAGUGGGGGCGGAGGACACCUCCUGGAAGAAACAAAAAGCGGCCCCGCUGAGGCAGCGGGGUGGUUGAUGAGGAGAGACCAUGGGAGGGAACUCCAGCGUGGAGGAGAUCAGCCGCCACUCUCGGCUGCAGCGAGAGCCAGGGGCGGAGCCAGGGCAGGCUCUGAGAAAGCCGGCAACACAACCGGCAGCAGUGUUGACAGUGGGACCGACUCCAACGCUGUCAGCGGCGCUGGUGAGGAAGCCGGCUGCAUUGUAGGCAGAAGAGCCAGUGGAGGAACCGGCGGUGUCGGGAGCAGCAGAGCCGGAGGAGAAACUGACUGCAUUGCAGGCAGCAAAGCUGAAGGAGGAACCAGCGGCAUUGCAGGCAGCAAAGCCGAAGGAGGAACCGGCGGCAUUGCAGGCAGCAAAGCCAAAGGAGGAACCGGCGGCAUUGCAAGCAGCAGAGCCGGUGAAGGGACCGGCGGCGUCUGGAGCAGCAAAGCCAGUGAGGAAACUGGUUGCGUUGCGGGCAGCAGAGCCGGGGAAGGAACCAGUGGCAUCCUGAGCAGCAGAGCCGGUGGAGGAACCGGCUGUGCUGCAGGCAGAAGAGCCGGUGAAGGAACCAGCCACAUCGGAAGCAGCAGAGCCAGUGCUGGGACGAGCAGCCAGAUUAAGGAAGGAGCCGAUGUGGAAGGUCUGGGCUGGUGA